GUUUAAAAAUAUGUUAUUAUUCUGCAGAAGUUGUGGCAACACAUUGAGUAUUGAUGAGGACACAUCUGGUAUGCAAUUUUCAUGUAAAAGUUGUCCAUAUGUAUUUAAUAUUAAAAAAAAAUUAAGUACCCGAAUAUAUCCAAAGUUAAAAGAAGUUGAAGAAGUUCUUGGUGGUGCUGCUGCAUGGGAUAACGUUGAUUCAACUGACGAACCUUGUCCAAAGUGUUAUCAUCCUCGUGCAUUUUAUAUGCAAAUACAAACACGUUCAGCUGAUGAACCAGCAACAAUAUUUUACCGAUGUUGCAAUUUUCAAUGUUCUCACAAUUGGCGAGAUUAA